UUUUUAAGCUGGGUCUUGCUAUGUUGCCUAGAGAACCUCAAAACUCCUGGAUUCAGGUGAUCUUGCUACCUCAACCUCCUAUGUAGCCAGGACUACACGUGUGUCACUACGCCUAGUUAAUCUUGAAAAUUUUGUUCUGUUUUGUGGUGCUGGGAUUGAACCCAAGGUCUCGUAUCACUGAGCUAUAGCUCUAGUUCUUUUUAAUUUGGAGGGACAGGGUCUCACUAAGUUAUUCAGGCUAUCCUUGAAUUGGGGAUCCUCCUGUCUCAGCCUCCUGAGUAGCUGGGACAACAAGUACAUGCCACUGCACUUGGUUAACUCCUGGAAAUUUUAAGCAAAGAAAUAAGCUCAGGAAGUAAAAUAACUCACCCAAAGGCACACAGCUAGUGAUUACCAGAAGUGAGACUCGAGACCCUCUGCUCCCUCUUCUCAGACACUUGUCCUGAUUCCUGCCUCUGUGUCCACUCCUUGCCCCUCCCCUGGGCCCCAAGAGAGCACUUUCUGCAGAGGGACUCUGCACACGGUUGGGAGUAGAGGGAAGCCAGGAGCAUUGGCACACACCUGGGAUUACAGACUUGAGAGGCUGCAGCAGGAGGAUCACAGUUUGAGGCCAGUCUGGGCAUUUUGGGAGAGACCUCUCAAAAACAAAAACAAAAAAAAUCCCCCAACAAUAGAAAAGGAUGGAUGAAGCCUUGGUUUGACUCCUGUCAUUCCUGAGCUGUCUCCCCUAUUCUCCCCUUCCUCAUUGCACAGAGUGCUCUCUCUCUCUCUCUCUCUCUCACACACACACACACACACACAGGUUUCAGGUCCAUCUUGGUAUGCCCCACCCACCACUGGUCUGGCCCAACAGGGAGCAGGCAGCUGUCCUCACACCCCUCCCUCUGAGGUGUGGGUGUGGGCUGCGGCUCCUGGCUGGCGGCAGAGAAGCACUCACACCCUGAGCCUCCUGCUGAGCGCCUCAGUGGCCCCUGCCAGCCUGGCAGGCACUUGCUGGCUCUUUAUUCAGCACCACCAACCUCCGAUGUCCUGCGAUGCCCACACCCAACACUUCCUCCCCUCUACCCACGUUCUUCUGGGUCAAUGCCUCUGGAGGCAGCGCGCUGAGUGCCGACGAUGCUGGGAUGCCCGUGCAGUUCCUCGCCCUCAGGGUCACGGUUGCUUUGGCCUACGGGAUGGUAGGGGCCAUCGGCUUGCUGGGCAAUUCGGCUGUGCUGUGGGUGCCGGGCAGCUGCGCGAGGAGAGUCCCUGGCCCACCUUCCGACACUUUUGUCUUCAACCUGGCUCUGGCGGACUUGGGGCUGGCCCUCACUCUCCCCUUCUGGGCAGCAGAGUCAGCACUGGACUUCCACUGGCCCUUUGGAAGUGCCCUUUGCAAAGUGGUCCUGACGGCCACUGUCCUCAACAUCUAUGCCAGCAUCUUCCUCAUCACAGCACUGAGUGUCGCCCGAUACUGGGUGGUGGCCAUGGCUGUGGGGCCAAGCACCCACCUCUCACUCUUCUGGGCCCGUGCGGCCACCCUGGGAGUGUGGCUGGCGGCGGCUCUGGUGACGGUGCCCACGGCCAUCUUUGGGUCUGAGGGCGAGGUGUGGGGUGUGCGCCUCUGCCUUCUGCGCUUCCCCAGCAGGUACUGGCUGGGGGCCUACCAGCUGCAGAGGGUGGUCCUGGCUUUCGUGGUGCCCUUGGGCGUCAUCACCACCAGCUACCUGCUGCUGCUGGCCUUCCUGCGGCGGCGGCAGAGGCGGCGGCAGGACAGCAGAGUUGUGGCCCGCUCUGUCCGUAUCCUGGUGGCCUCCUUCUUCCUCUGCUGGUUCCCCAACCAUGUGGUCACUCUCUGGGGUGUCCUGGUGAAGUUUGACCUGGCGCCCUGGAACAGCACUUUCUACACCAUCCACACCUACGUCUUCCCCGUCACCACGUGCCUGGCACACAGCAACAGCUGCCUCAACCCCGUGCUCUACUGUCUCCUGCGCAGGGAGCCUCGGCAGGCCCUGGCAGACACCUUCAGGGACUUGCGCUCAAGGCUGUGGCCCCAGGGCCCGAGCUGGAAGGAACAUGUGGCCCUAAAGGAGGUAGGCAGGCAGUGGGCAGCCAGUACGCCCCAGGAGAGCGGUCCUUCUGCCAUGCUCAUGAGCGGAGACAGAGGGACACCUGGGUGAAGGGUACAGCAGGUGCAGGAUCCACACAUUCUAAGCUGCCCUGGGCCAGGCUCAGUGUCCUCUGGGAAAGUCUGACCUUUGAUCACCAACUCUGGGUGUGGUGGAAUGGGGGAGGCCAGGGCCUGGGGCCAGGGGAUAAGGGCUGGGGCAACAGCUCACAGAGGUGGGAAAGAGGAGGAACCCAGAAUAAACCUCUGUCACCUACAGGUGUCUUGACCCUUCAUCCUUGUUCUGCCUCCAGGACAGUGCAAGAAUUCUCAGGACAUUUUCCCCAUAGGGGUCUAGGCUCAUGGAUCAAAGGUCAGUGCCCAUCUCCCUCUGCCCAUCCUCCCCACUCUCACCUCUAAACAGACUAUUUCUUCUUGUAUUUUUUUUUUUUUUAGUUGUCAGUGGACCUUUAUUUUAUUUAUAUGUGGUGCUGAGAAUUGAACCCAGGGCCUCACUCAUGCUAGGCAAGCACUGUACCACUGAGCCCCAGCCCCAGCCCUAAAUGGGUUAUUUCUUUUCCUUAUUUGGUACCAGCACUCACAGUGCCCUCUUCCCCUGGCCACUUACCAACUUAGGGGUACCACAGAAACUUGAUGCCAGAAGACUCAGCCUCAAGAGCUGUAGCUCCCCUGCAGCUCCCUGCAAUGCCAGCUGUGGGGUCUUGCCAGAAUCCCUUGCACCUGCCAGACCCGUGUGUAAAUCCCUGGUGCUGUCUCUCCUUGAAUUAGGAUUUGGAAGGUUAUCACUGGUGCCUAUAAUCCCAGUGGCUCAGGAGGCUGAGGCCCGAGGACUAUGAAUUCCAAGCCAGCCUCAGCAAUUUAGCAAGGCCCUGAGCAGUUUACUCAGUGACCCUGUCUCUAAACGAAAUGCAAAAAAGGGCUGGGAAUAUGGCUCAGUGGUUGAGUGCCCCCGAGUUCAGUCCCCAGUAGUACCCCCCUCAAAAAAAAAGUGAUAACAGCAAGUCAAAGACACGUAUGGGGCAGAUGGAGGUGAAAGAUGCAGAAAGGAGUGGAGGAAAAGGAGGUGAACGGUAGGGCGAGAGAAGUGGUGCGAGUCCCUACCCUGAAUGCAUAGCUCCAAUUCAUCAUAGCUAGAGCACCUGAUUUUCACCUUUACCUCAGACAAGUUACUUACCACUUUGUGCCUUAGUUUUCUAAUCUGUAAAAGGGUUCAACGAUGCAAGAAAUAUAGUGUUUUUGCUAUUAUUCUCACAUCCCAUGUAAAAUGGGGACGAAGGGAAAGGAGGAAAUAAAGGGCAGCUGGUCUUUUUGGAAGUGGUUUUACAUGCUAUGGGUUAUAAGGAAAGUCUCGCAGCAAACCCCUCUCAAAGAUGGGUCUCUAGGAGAGAGGGCUUGACUUGGUUUAUUUUUGGUACCAGGGAUUUAACUCAGAUACACUUAACUACUGAGCCCCAUCCCCAGCCUUUUUUGUGUGAGUGGUGCUUGGAAUUGAACCCAGGGCCUUGUGCGUGCAAGGCAAGCACCCUACCAACUGAGCUGUAUCCCCCAGCCUUCCUUUGUAUUUAACUUAGAGACAGGGCCUUGCUGAGUUACUUAGCGCCUCUCUAAAUUGCUGAGGCUGGCUUUGAACUUGCAAUCGUUCUGCUUCAGCCUCCCACAAACUGCUUGGAUCAUAGAUGUGUGCCAUUACACACUCCCAUUUGUUUAUUGGGUACCAGGGAUUGAACUCAGGGGCACUCAACCAUUGAGCCACAUCCCUAAUUCUAUUUUGUACUUAGAGACAGAGUCUCACUGAGUUGCUUAGCCACCUUGCUUUUUGUCCAUGCUGGCUUUGAACUCUUUCUGCAUCUUCCUGACUUAGCCUCCUAAAUCACUGGGAUUAUUGGCGUGAGCCACCACCCCUGGCCUCCCGUUUUUAAUGAUGGUUAGCUAUUAGAAGGGAGUUUUAGGGGGAGAGUCCUUGGAAAGAAGGUAAGAGGCAGAGGGAGGCUGGGCUGGAGGUUCCACUUCCAUUGCCCUCCACUGUCCGCUCUCUGGCACACCUUGUAACCCAGGACACCAGCACCCUCUCUGAAGAGGAGACCAUGUGCCUCCAGGUUCCUUUCCCUGCCCUGUACCAUUCAGUUGCUGAGAAGAGGCCACUCAAUUCAUAGCAUAUUAAGCAAUGGGAAAGAGAUUUAAUUAGCCCACUGAUGUUUAAUUUCCUCUUUUUGAUAAUGUUUAAACUGGUUCCAAAACUCCAGGUCAGUUCCCAGCCAAUUCAGGAAGAUGGAAAAUGCUCCCCUACCUAAGUAUCCCUCUUCCCACCUCCAGCAGCUUGCGGAUAUUGGCUCCUCUGGGGGCAUCUUGGCUUUAUGGGAACCGGAGGUAAAUAUUGACAAAAUUUACAAAGGUCCAAGUCAGCAACGAGUUAAUGCACAUAGACUUGCCUUUGAAGGAGAGUGGGAGAGAGGAUGGGCAGUGGAGGGGGAAGCCUGGGCAGGGUGGGACGCAGCAGGCUUGGAUCUCCUCUGGGAGUGCAAGGCGAAAUGGAAGGCUUGGCUUGGAAACUGCAGUAGGAUGCCUGCUAGGUGGGGCAUGCCUAGAACCCCUGCAGUUUGGGAGUUGAGGCAGGAGAAUCCCAAGUCUCAAAAAAACUGGGGAUACAAUUCAGUGGUAAGGCACCCUUGGGUUCAGUCAGCAGAACCAACCAUCCACCAC